GGCGGCGGUGGAUCGCGCGCCGCGGGACCGGUCGCCCAGCGCACGGCCGGGAUCAGCAACCGCGGCCCCAGCCGAGCCCGGGACUCAGUACCUACAGAGAAACACUACAUUGACGUCAUCUCACCAUGGAGUUUCCGAAGUCACCUGAUGGCGGGUGGGGCUGGGUGAUUGUGGCCGUCUCCUUCUUCACUCAGUUCCUCUGUUAUGGAUCCCCGUUGGCCGUCGGGGUCUUGUACAUAGAAUGGUUGGAUGCCUUCGGUGAAGGAAAAGGAAAAACAGCUUGGGUGGGAUCCCUGGCGAGUGGAGUCGGCUUACUUGCAAGUCCUGUCUGCAGUCUCUGUGUGUCAUCUUUCGGAGCGAGGUCCGUCACCAUCUUCAGUGGCUUCCUGGUGGCUGGAGGCCUGAUGCUGAGCAGUCUUGCCCCCAAUAUCUACUUUCUGUUUUUUUCCUAUGGCAUCGUCGUAGGUCUCGGAUGUGGCUUAUUAUACACCGCGACAGUGACCAUUACGUGCCAGUAUUUUGACAGCCGCCGAGGCCUCGCACUUGGCCUGAUUUCAACAGGUUCAAGCGUGGGCCUCUUCAUCUACGCUGCUCUGCAGAGGAUGCUGAUAGAGUUCUACGGCCUGGAUGGGUGCCUACUUAUUGUGGGAGCGCUGGCUUUAAACAUUCUCGCCUGUGGCAGUCUGAUGAGGCCCUUGCAGUCUCCCGACUGCCCUUUUCCUGAAAAAAUAGCUCCGGAGAAUAUUCUAGAGAGAUACUCCACGUACAGUGAGAAAGAGAAGAGCCUGGAAGAAAACCUGAACAUCUUGGACAAGGGCUACGGCACCGAAGAUAAAUGCACCAGCACCUUGCCCAGCGGUGACUGGGCACGGGACAACCCCCCAAACCCCACAGCCGCCGCACACAAAAAGAAGGUUGCGGAGCAGACUUACUUUUGCAAGCAGCUUGCCAAGAGGAAAUGGCAGUCAUAUAGGAACUACUGUGGCGAGACGGUGUCUCUUUUUAAAAACAAAGUCUUCGCGGCGCUUUUCAUCGCCAUCUUGCUUUUUGACAUCGGAGGGUUUCCGCCGUCGCUGCUCAUGGAGGACGUCGCGAGAAGUUCCAACGUGAGGGAAGAGGACCUCACCAUGCCGCUCAUCUCCAUUAUCGGCAUCAUGACCGCCGUGGGCAAGCUUCUUUUAGGCAUCAUGGCUGACUUCAAGUGGGUCAACAGCUUGUAUCUCUAUGUAGCUACCCUGAUCAUCACGGGCCUGGCCUUGUGUGCCAUCCCCCUUGCCAAGAGUUACAUCACCCUGGCGAUACUUUCUGGGAUCUUGGGUUUUCUUACUGGUAACUGGUCCAUCUUCCCGUAUGUGACCACAAAGACUGUAGGGAUUGACAAAUUAGCGCACGCCUAUGGAAUCCUCAUGUUCUUCGCUGGACUUGGGAAUAGCCUCGGGCCACCGAUUGUUGGUUGGUUCUACGACUGGACGCAGACCUAUGACAUCGCCUUCUAUUUCAGUGGCUUCUGCGUCCUGCUGGGGGGCUUCAUCCUGCUGCUUGCCGCCUUGCCCUGUUGGGACGCGUGCAACAGGAAGCUCCCUAAGCCAGCACCAACAGCCUUUUUCUACAAAGUUGCCUCUAAUGUUUAGAGGGAUAUUAAAAGGCACUAUUUUUCUCCAUUUUUCUACUUUAUACUAUAUGUAUACACACACACACAUAUAUAGUAUAUAUAUAAUUUAUAUAUAUAAUAUAUAGUAUAUAUGUAUGUAUAUAUAUAUAUAUAUAUAUACAUAAUUUAACAAAUUGUUAGGCAGGUUCCCCAGAGUCAAGAUCUUAGAGCAGCACUUCGGCUGACUCUGAAGGAGACUGUACUUCCACAUACCCUGUUUUUAUGUACUGCGUGUGUAACCUUUACCCCUUGUAUGCCCCUCCCUCAGGAAGUGGGACUGUUCUGUUUUACUGCUGUUGUUCGUGAGUUCAGGGUGUAAAGCUGUUGGCUAGCCUCGCCAAGUUUUCUCUGGGCGAAGAAGUUUCGUGACUCUCUGUGCUUUCCCCAUGAGCUCUACCACAAGGUCUUAAACCACGCACGUUCCUGUCUUAAACCACGCACACCUCAUGGCGGGAUAUUUGUGAUGACCCCUAAGGAAUAAUUGUUGCCUCCUUUAUAUCAGACCCGCAAGUCCAGAGAAGACACUAAGCCAUUUCACUUCCAGCAAUGAAAGUGACAGUUACAAUGUCACUAAGACUUUGAAGACUUUAGACAAGAUUUUUUUUUUUUUUUAAAUCGCAGCUGCCCGUCGUCCAUUUUCUGUUUUAUUGUCCUUGCUGAAACACCGUGGGGCAUUCGGUGUUCACUGUGUGUGAACUUGUUCAAUUCCUCCAGCAGUCUUACUGUGUGGCCGGCUCCCUAGGACCUCGCUCCCUGGUGUGUUGGUCAGCAUCCACUCUCUGAUGUCUCCUAAGAGCUCCUGCUUUGCUGGUUUCCGGCUUGGAAAUACACCUCUGAACCAUUCCGUCGGGCAAGUGGGAAGCAUCCCUAGCAUCCACUGGCUUUGAGCACCGUGGGAAUGGGUUGCAAGGCCCUGCAUGUCUUCCAAAUGAAGCCGUGGUGCUUUCUCUUGGGCCUUUUCACGAUUGCAUCUUAUUUUAUGGACAGUGCUAAAAAAACAAAACAAAACAAAACAAAAACCCAAAAAUAGCAACAACAGAAAACCCCAAUGCUCUGUGUGUUUGUUAGACGUGGGGACAGCCAGGGUGAAGAGAAACUGAUACACUCAUCCAACCUUCUUUAAUCCCAAGAAUGUUGGAGGGUGAAAAUAAUGUUUAACAAAUAGAAAUGGGUUCAACUUUGAGUUCAUCCAAAAACGGAUUUCCUCUAUAGAAAUGGGUUUCAACUUUGCCAAGCUUCAGAAUCCCCUACAGACCCUUCAGAAACUGAAAUGCUUGGUACUAUACUUUUAAUUUUAAUUCUGCAUGUCGGCCCAAGAAUCCAUGUUUUAGCGAACUCUGCAGGGAUUCGGGUGCCAGGGUCCCAGGACAGCUGGAGACUGGCAACAGUGGGGGGCUGUGCUGAAGCUCUGGGGAGCAGUGAGGGCACAGCGGGUAGGAAGCCCUGAGUUCAUUGAUCAUCAGCACCUUAAGGGGAAGGAAAAAAGAAAAGAAACGAAACAGAUUGGCAAUAGACAAACAUUUUCUUUUCUUGAAUAAAAGCCAAAAAAAAAAAAAACCACCAUGAAGUCAGGUAUUUUAAAACAAACAGCCAAGGGUUUUUUAAGUAAGGGUUUCCUUCCUGCUGUGCCAAAAUUGUCUUUUCAUUUUUAAAAAAGCUGUGAGAGAUUAUUUUGUACAUUGCCUUCUUUUGCAGACACCUGAAUUGCUUUAUUACACCAACCCCCACAGCGCCUCCCUGAGGUCUGUAACCAGCUGUGUCCGGUGUCAUCAACCAAGGAGAAAGAUUUCCUAGCAUAGUCGGUCCUGUUCCAUGAUGCAAUAAUGGGACUCAAAGCACGUGAGACUUGUGCGCCACACUCAGAUUUCUGGAAAGUUCUCUGUACCUCAUUCUUCAGUCUAUCAAAGUUAGUAAAUAAAAAAAAAAUAACUCCAGCUCUAGGGGAUCCGACACCCUCUUCUGUCUCCCACAGGCACCUGUGUACCGGUGGUAUACACACACACACGCACAAAUAAAUAAAUAUAAAAAAGAAAACUUUAAAAUUUAUAGCUAUGAUUUUUUUAAAGCAAUAAAUAAAAUAAACCUUAUAUGUAUUCAUAGUCAAGGUCAUAUUUUGGUCAAUAUUGUGUUCAGGACAUUCAGUGGCCUGAAAGGUUUGACUUGAUUAAUGUCUGCAUCCAUCAAUGGUGACAACUGCCCAGAUGUGGCCCUCCCAUCAAUAUCGCCCAUGUAUGUACUAACCACUGUCUAGGGAAUGAAUUUCAAGUGAUGGUGACAUA